AUGUCGGCCCUCGCCGACCCCAGCCCCCUGGAGGCCGUGCGUGCCGGGCUUGCGGGCGGGAGGCAGGACCCCUCCUCCCAGGCGGUGGAAUCCUCCUUCUCGCACCUGCUGGCGGACAUCGACUUCAGUUUCGUCAUCAGUAACCCACGAAUGCCGGAUAAUCCGGUGUGCUACGCCUCGCCCGGCUUUUACGCCACGACAGGCUAUAGCCCAGAGGAGAUCGUGGGCAGGAACUGCCGUGUCCUCCAGGGUCGCGACACCUGCCGGCGGUCGGUGGUCGAGAUCCGCGACGCGCUCCGCGAGGAGUGCCCCGUCAGCGUCUGCCUGCUCAACUACCGCCGCGACGGCGCCCCCUUCUGGAACUGCUUUGCCCUGCACCCAGUGCGCCUGGGCGGCACGCACGAGCCCGUGGACCUGUACAUCGGCCUGCAGGCCGACGUCACGGGCUUGUCCUUCCUGCUCACCGAUCCACGCUUGCCCGGCGGCCCCAUCGUGUACGCCAGCCCCGGCUUCCUGGCGCUGACGGGGCACGGCGCGGGGGACGUGCUGGGCCGGAACCCGCGUCUGCUCCAGGGACGGGAGGCCUGCGCCGAGGCGCGGCGCGUGCUGCGCGAAGCGCUGGCGCGCGACCCCCCGACGGCCGCCACGGUCACGCUGCUCAACCGCCGCGCGGACGGCAGCCGGUGGUGGAACUGCCUGCACAUCGCGCCCCUGCGCGACGCGCAAGGCGCCGUGCGCUACAUCGUGGGCGUCCAGGUGGACGUCACCGCGCGGUUGCGUGGCCAGGAGCGCCGCGCGGGGGCUUCAGGAAGGGGGGCUGAGCUCGCUGAGGCAGCGGGUGUCACAGAGGUGGACAGGGCGGCGGGUGUCACAGAGGUGGACAAGGCGGCGGGGGGCUGGAUCCGGCCCUGCCCCCGCUCGGACCCCGACGCCUGGCACGCGCUGAAGGCGUAG